AUGGAUUCAUCUUCGCCCUAUGCCUUCCCACUACACCCAAAGGAGUAUGCACCCGAGCCGGUGCCAAGUAUACAGGAAUGGAGACAGCUAUGGGCAGCGUGGGAAUUGGUGACGUUGAAAAUGAUCCCGAACGAGGCGUUGCAAGAGAAGCCGAUUCCGUUACGGAAUGAGUUAAUUUUUUAUCUUGGGCAUAUACCUACGUUCGAGGACAUCCAUCUCUCCCGCGCGACAAACAAACCCCCCAUCGAACCGCUCUACUACCAAACAAUCUUCGAACGCGGAAUAGACCCCGACGUCGACAAUCCAAACGAGUGCCACAGUCAUAGCGAAGUCCCGGACUCAUGGCCCACGCUCGCUGAAAUCCUAUCUUUCCGGGGGAAGGUCUGUGCGAGGAUAGAGGCGCUCUAUCAAACCGAUAAACCCUGGUCUGAUAGGGCCAUUGGGCGCGCGCUGUGGAUAGGGUUCGAGCAUGAAGGCCUGCAUCUGGAGACGUUUUUAUGGAUGAGUAUUCUUAGUCCGAAUAUACAGCCGCCGCCGGGGGUAGAAAGGCCAGAUUUUGAGGGAAUGGCAGAAAAGGCUGCUGGCCAGCGUGUUGAGAAUCAGUGGUUUCCUGUCAGGGCAAGAACAUUCCCAAUCGGAAUCGACGACGCGGAAGAUGACUCGGGGAGUGGGUAUUUCGCGUGGGAUAAUGAGCGCGGGCCGUAUGACGCUGUGGUCCAUGGGUUUGAGGCGCAGGCAAGGCCUGUUUGCGUUGGGGAAUAUGCCGAAUAUCUUGUGAAGACGGGGAAGAUGGAUUGUAUUCCAGUCUCGUGGACUCGUACCGAAAGCACGGCCAAUGGUCAUGGCUCCUCGGAUGCGGUUGAGAACUUCAUAGAAAGCUUCACCAUAAAAACCGUCUUCGGACCCGUCCCGCUAAAACUCGCUGUCGACUGGCCCGUCUACAUCUCAUACGACGACGCAACAGCAUACGCCGACUGGGCCGGCGCUCGACUCCCUACUCUCCACGAAGCACGCAGCAUCCACCGUCAAGUCGAGGAGGAGAAAGCCAAGGCAAACAACGACCUACCGCGAGACCACCUCCCCUCCUCCUCCCGUGAGGACAUCUACAUCGACAUGACGGGCUACAACACAGGCUUCAACCAUUUCCAUCCCACGCCCGUGACGCACAAGGGCAAUCAACUGUGCGGACAAAGUGAUAUGGGUGGUGCGUAUGAGUGGACGAGUUCGAAUUUUGCGCCGCAGCCUGGCUUUAAACCUAUGGAUAUUUACCCAGGGUAUAGUGGUGAGUCUAGUUCCGAUUUUAUGGAUGAGAAGCAUAUUGUUGUCGUUGGGGGGACAUGGGCUUUGCAUCCGAGGAUCUCUGGGAAGAGGACAUUCCUCAAUUGGUGGCAGAAGAACUACCCUUACCCGUGGGUGACUCCGCGUCUGGUCCGGGAUGUUUGAGGUUCAACAUGAA